AUGUCGCCCAAGCAGCGCCAAGCUUUUGAAGAUCGGAGAGGAAUUGUGAUAAGGACUUCUCCAUCCCGCUUCCCAGGCUUCAGCCCCUCUUCCGCCUUCACAAAUAUAAGUAGUGGGCCUCUUCCAGCAAUUGUACAUUCUCAAAGCCCACCCCCGUCAUCCAAUUCUUUGACAGCGCAACUUGGUUCGCCAACUGCCAGCCCAGCCAAUAUGUCCUUCAACCCAAGACAGCACCAAAGGGCUGUUUCAGACACCGGGCCAAUUACCUACACCCCAAAAACAGGAAAACCGAGCCGAGGGCUGAAAGGGAAAAGAGUCCAUUUCUGUCAAUUCCCGGGAUGUGGAAAGCGCUUCUCAAGAGCUGAACAUGUGCGCGGUGAUAAAGUAGACGCAUAUUCAGAAAACGCCCGCAUUGAUGCUCACAUUCGAUCUAGCCCAGUGACAAUCGCUUCAGAACCACAGGGUUUAUUGCCCUCUAUACCAUUAAACCAACAACACACGUCUAUGCCGACCGUUUCUCAAGAAGCGAAUUUAAUGUCAAUAGGCUCCCUUGUGCAACCUGGUACAGAGCAUCCUUUCGCGAAUGAUUAUUCUAUGCCAGUAUGGUGUGAGCCGGAAAGGGACUUAGUCAGAGGAGAUUUAUUUUCUGAUUCGCCCCAAGUCAAUACUGAUGACACCAUGGUAUAUUCUUCACCGGAUAGUUGUCAGUCCCCUGCUUCUGAUGUAAAUCCUUUUCGAUUCCCGCAACGCACGCCCAUUAUGGACCAAUCUUACUCGGAAUCGUUCUACCAUCCACAGACCCAUGGAUCGCCCUAUAAAAUGACCUCUACGGCUUCCGAUUGGACACCUCCCCAGGAAAGGAUCUCUUCCGUACAGAUGCUGCCUAUCUCCCUUGAAGGUGAUGCCCUUCAGACAGUAGGUGAACCUUCCCUUCAUUGGCGCUAUUGGGGAACUAGGAUUAACGUUCUGUUAGCCCUACCCGUACCAAUACCCUUCACCCGACUGGAUGGGAAUGAGUGGCAUGCCUUGCAACACGAACUUGAUUCCUCCCCCAGUGUCGCUUUCCGAAAUGAUGGCAUGGAGGUAAUCGACACCACCCAGUGGCAGGAUUGCCUUGAGUGUUAUUGGAAGUGUUUUCACCCACUCUUCCCGAUCGUCCAUCGCCCAACUUUUAGCACCGUAAAACCAUUUCCAUUAAUAUCCGGCGCCAUGGUGGCAAUAGGAUCACAGUACGAUACACGACCAAAUGCAAAAGAGUACUCUUUAUUUCUUUUAGAAGCGUGCCUCAAGCUUCUCGCGAAAUUUAUUCAAAACCGCCACUGGACAUCGAAAAACCCACUCGCUGUUUUCAAUACACUUUCAGAGGACGACAAAUUGGCGGGUCUGGAGAAAGCGUAUAGCUUUUGGGUGGAAAACGAAACCAGACGACGCAUAUUACAAGCCUCUUUUCUCCUUGAUGUUCAGCAAUCGACCCUGUUUCAGCAGCCUUUGGUGUUCCUCCAAGCAAAUCUCCGCACUCCCCGAUCGAAUGUAGGAAACGUAGAACCUAUUGACUUACCAUUCCCUUGCCAAACAGAAUUAUGGGAGAUUGAAGGAAUUGAAGAAUGGGCUCAGUAUGCUAGGGCAUAUGCUAAGUCACAAGAGACAUUAACCCUCUCCUCUGUUGCAAGGCGAAUUAUCCACCAAAACGACGACACAUUGAAACUUGAUCCGUUUCAAUCGAACCUGAUCCUGUCUUAUGCUUUGCUAACCAACAUGCGAUCUAUGGAUCUGGAGCUGGCGCUAGAACCUUUUAUCGAGAGGGUGAAGCAGGAAAAAACGGAAAGAGAAUCCAUGCAAGGUCCUGGAUAUUCCAUCUCUUCAACACAUCCAAGUCAUACACUUUUCACAUAUCAUUUCCUCCUGGCAGCAUACCGUGCUCCGCUCAAAGCCCUUCUAGCAGUUAGUGGGGAAUCCUGGUUGUUUAAUCAGAAGCUCGCAGACCAAGAAGAAUAUCAGCAAGCCAAGAACACCUUGCGCAUGUGGGUUUCUGGCACUGAUGAACUGAAAAAGGCGGUUUGGCAUUCGUUACGGGCGUUGCAAUACGCCAUCGAUGCCAUCGAUCAUCUAGAAUUGGGAGAUACUCCGGUGCUGAUUAACGCCAAUCCGAACCUGUCUCGUGUUUCGGAUCUGUUCAGCGAUGGCAACGGCUGUCUAACUCCACUAGACGCUUUUACGCAAUACAGAGGCAAUAUACACACGACCAAAAACGCGGUUACCACCCCUGAGUAUCUCGUUGAGGGAUCUGCAACACUACCCCACCUUAACCGAUCGGACGCUGUCACCGCAUUGCACGCUAACUGGGCACUAUAUAUUUGCGCCCUCAUAUGCUGGGCCUAUGGUGCAAAAACUCCAACGACAACAACAACUGAUGACCCUCUGUUUCGCCCUCCUGCUUGCCCAAGAACAUAUGUAUCUACAUUGAUGUUGCUUGCUCCUUCAUGGCCUCAGAUUUCUCGCAACUCUAUUCCUGAUCACAUGAGGCGUGAUACCAGUGAAUUGCUUAAAUACGUACGUACUAGGUGGCUCCAACCCGACAGCAUGGGUGGGCUUCUGAACGAAGGAGCAAGAGUUCUACAACGUCUCAGCGAGAAUCACCACCGAAACGAAGACAAGGCCUGGGAAUUUUGA